CCCGCAGGGAGGGCCCGAGCCCGGGGCCCGAGUAUGGAGCCGGUCUCUCUCUGGACUUCCCAGACGGUGCUGGCUUGGAUCCGAGGUCUGGAUCCAGCGUUACAAGGUUAUCCAGUUGAGACGUGGGGGCUGACCGGGAAGGGGCUGCUCCGCUUGUCCUAUUGGGAUUUGGAGAAUCUGGGCGUGAGCUGCAUCGGCCACCAGGAGCUCCUUCUGGAAGCUGUGGAGCAGCUUUGUGUCUUGAACUAUGAGCUGACCACCUCCAACCUGAGGACGCUCACGGAGAAGCUGCAAGGGAUCAUUCGGACGACCGAGGUCUGCAUUCUGAGUCGCAGGAAAGUGAGCACUUAUCACGGAGCUGCUAUCGGAAAGUCCAGCUUAGAUCUACUGGCAUCUGUGGUGGAGUUGAUCGGGGCUGCUAAAGGCCUCUUUUUGUGGCUCAACAGGUAUCUCUUCUCCCACCUGCAUGAUUAUUCAGCCAGCCGAGACAUCAUCUGGCUUUGUGGUGAUCUGGCAGAGAUUGUGCAGAAGGAGUGCACUGUGUCUGAGAGAGAGGACCGAAUUUUGCUGAUCGGAAGACACAUCUCUGGAAUCUGUGAACAUAUCUUGCACUGCAGCCCAGCUAACCUCCUGGAUCAAACAGCCAUCUUGGAAACGGUGGAACUUGAACCUGCAGGCCCAGAAGAUAAUUUGGGCCUAGAGAUUAAGUCCUUGCCCUCCUGUCUCCAUUUGAUAUCAGGGACUGCCCGAGAGAUUCCUGUUGAUCAGUACAGCAAGGUCUUUCCAGGCGAUGAAAUAGUCCAAGUUAAUGACCAGGUGGUGAUAGGGUGGACCCGGAUGAAUCUCGUGAAGAAGCUUCUGGAAUCCAGUCGAGUGACACUGGUGCUGAAGAAAAUCCCACUGGUUUCUUCAGAGUCUCCCCGUUCUCCAGAAUCUCCUUCUCACCAGCAACAGCCAAAUGCUUUCUUAGAAGUCCUGAGCUCAAGAAGUGAUGACUCUUCAGCCAGCUCUGCGUCACCAACAUCCAGCAUGACUGCCGAGUUCGAGGGAACCCAGAAUUCUGUGCUUGAUCUCCCCACCGUUCAAGAGGAGCACAAGAUAACUGAUUGCAUCAGGCAUCCUGUGGAUAAUAUCUGUGGAUUGGAAGAGGUCCUUUCUGGAGCAGAGGCAAUACCUGACCCUGCUCUGGAAAGGCAGGACUUUGGAGCAGAUGCCAUGGGGCCUAAAUCUCCAGAUGCUACUGUCCCUUCCACUCCUAGGAAACAGGACUAUCAACUAGGAGACUCAUCAAGACAUGAGAAUGGAUUUGUCAGAGGACAGCAGAGACUGGCAUCAGCAGAUUCCAAAGAGGGUAGCGCUGAAAUUCGACGGAAGCAAAAAGGAGCCACUACCCGACUAAGUCGACGACGCAUCUCCUGCCAGGAACUGGGACAGGUGGACUGUGACGGUUGGCUCUUAAAAAAGAAGGACCACGUGGGCUUCAUGGCCCAGAAAUGGAAACGGUUUUGGUUUGUGCUAAAGGGACACAACCUUUACUGGUACAGCAACCCCAACGAUGAGAAGGCUGUGGGAUUAAUCAACGUGUCUGCCUACAGAUUGGAAAGCACAAAGGAACAGAAAAAGAAAUAUGUUUUCCAACUCACCCACGAGAAGUACAAGCCCUUCAUCUUUGCAGCAGAAACCCUGGCUGAUCUGAGCAUGUGGGUCAGCCGUUUGAUCACGUCUAUGACCAAAUAUACAGCGUCCCAUAAAUCUGGGCCACCUAACCAAGAAGAUUGCUACAGUGAAACAGAAGCAGAGGAUCCGGAGGACGACUCUCCUAGGCAUAGCUUUGAUCAGACAAAGCAGAAGGAAUUGGAGAAAGCUCAAUUGCCAUCAGGGGCUACAGGGCGUAGCCAAAACCUUCCAGGCAGCCCACUUUUCCAGGCCAGCGUAGAUGAGAAAACAGCAUCUCCCUCUUCUCCAGGUGAGCUCACCUUUGGUACCGUCCCAAGCUUCACUGGAAAGAACGUGGCAGAUCCAGCAGAAGAAGAACUUGAGUCAAUGAUCAAGUGUCUGAAACAAGGAGGAGUAUCACUUAUUGGGAAACAGCAGGUGUUCACCCGUGAAUAUUACCGGAAAUCCUUUGUCAAGCGUAACAAGAACCCAGAGAUCAAUGAGAAAGUACAUCUGGUUCGGACGCUUCAAAGCACACUCAAGGCCAAAACUGCUGAGCUCCAAUUACUUGACAUUCUACUCGAGGACACCGAACUGAACUCUGAGAAAUUCAGGAGCUGGAAAGAACAACAUCAGGAGUUAUACCAGGAAAUACAGAUGUGGUGGGCUAAAAAAUUGAACCAAGACAAUGGCGCAAUAGAUUCAAGUUUUGACCUCAGUUUGGAGGCAGCUUCAGAUCCAUUGCAUCUGUGAGAACUCUGCCCUCUGAGCUAAAAUAUACUUUCCCCAGCUCCACAUACACAGCAUCAGACAGAGGUGCGGUUUUGUCAUUUCAGAAUUUUGGAUAGGAAUGUUUUACGACAAGCGUCCUCCUCAGAAGGCAUUGAGAUUACAGUUGGGUUGGUCCAUAAGUUUUAUCCAGACAGCAACAAUGGCUCCAAAUGAUUCUCUCAUUUUAGAGAGAUGGAUUACAAAAAUGGUGGCAACUGAGAAAGAUUGUGGGCUUUUUAUGUAGCAACGGAGAGUUCCUGACUGCAAAAUAGAAGACCGAUGAGGAAGAAAGUGGCUUUUGGUGACUAAGCAUCUGGGAAAGAGCUGGCAUUGACUAGCACAGACUUUGUGCCCUUCAGAUUUCUUCAAAACAGCCAUUUCCUCCAACAUCUUUUAAGAUGAAACGUUCCUUUGAGUAUAUUUAGCACCUGAGAGACAUCUGACCAAACCACAGUUUGUGGUUUUCAAUGAUGAUAGUUUAUAUUGAAAAACCAGCUUGCAUUAGAAGCUGGAUGCUGUAAACAUGUAAGAAAUGAGUUAUAUAAAUAAAUUU